GUAUAAAGCUAAUGAAAAAAAGUAAGGAAAAGAUUUAUCCUUUAUCGAUAGUCACCUUGCUCUUGGCCACACCAUAGCCUCUCUGAUUUUAUACACUGAUCGAGUUAUGAGCAAUCUUGAUGAAGACAAGGGUUUGGUCGCAUCACGGGACAAUAAUGCAAAGCAAGAUAAUUUCAAAGUCACUGCAGAUGGAAGAGAAGUAGACAAAAUAUACAAUCCAUGGGCAACAUACUCUCGCCUAUGGAAUAAGAUAUUCUUGGCUUCAUGUGUAGUUGGAGUCUCAAUUGAUCCAUUGUUCCUUUACAUUCCAAUUGUAAACGAUGACAAAAAGUGCCUCGACAGAGACUACAAAAUGGAGAUUAUAUCUCUUGUUUUACGAUCUCUUACCGAUUUCUCUUAUGUUUUACAUAUUGUUUUUCGGCUUCAAAGUGCACUGAAUACGUCCAAGGAACUUCAUCAAUCCAUUUUCACAAAGUUUCCAUGGUAUUAUCUUCUAAUCGAUGUUUUGGCCAUUCUUCCUCUUCCUCAGGUGAUAGUUUUAGUGUACUUCUCCAAGAUUACAGGAUCAAGAUCUUUGACUGCAAGAAAGUUCAUCAACUUAAUACUUCUUCUCCAAUACGUGCCUCGGAUUCUUCGUGUGUACUUAUCAGCCAAAGAACUAGGGAAGGUUUUUGACUCACUCACUCGACGUGUAUGGGUCAGAGGUGCCUUCUUCUUUUUCCUCUACAUUAUUUUUGGUCAUGUGUUUGGAGCCUUUUGGUACUUCUAUUCAAUUUUUCGUGAGACAGCUUGUUGGCACCAUACCUGUCUAGAACAUGGACCAGAAGAAUGCACACCUGGUCCUUUUGACUGUCUUGGACCUCAUCCCAUGGUGAAUGUGACAAAACUAAAGCAGUUUUGCCCUGUUGAUCCACCAAAUGCAAAUAUCUUCAAUUUUGGAAUAUUUUCUGAAGCAAUCGAGUCUCGUAUAGUCAACAAAACAGAUUUUCCCCAGAAAUUCACUCGUAGUUUUUGGUGGGGUUUAAAAAAUUUGAGUUCUUUUGGCUCAAACCUUGAGACAAGUAGCAACGUACAAGAAAACUUGUUUGCAAUUCUCAUUUCUAUCUUGGGUUUACUUCUAUUUUUAUAUCUUAUUGGAAAUUUGCAGACAUAUAUGCAGUUCGAAACUAUAAAGUCAGAAGAGGCUAGGAGAAAGAUAAACAUCAUACAACCAGAAGUAGAUUCUUAUCUAUCAAACCAUGACCUUCCACCGCAAAAAAAGAAACUCAUCAACAGAUACCUAAGUCGAACAAUUAGAGAGGGCAAAGAUUUUGAUGUCAAACAUCUAUUUUCUCUACUUGAAGAGCAUGCUGAUCAUGGCCAACACAAGAAUGAGGCAUUUGCAACUUGGGUGACCAAAUUAUUGGAUGUGAAAAAGCAUGAGAGGAGUACAAUGGGGCAAAAGGUAGAAUUAUGGAUAUCAAAAAAUGAAAUUCCUCAGGAUAUAAAGCAAAAGAUUAUGAAAUACGUACAGUUUAGAUUGCAAGAAGGAAAAGAUGUAGACAUCCAACAUCUUCUGCAUACUCUUCCUCCGACACUAGGAAUGUCUAUAAAGAGACACAUAUGUUUCCCUCUCUUGAAAAAAGUUCCAUUGUUUCAAAACAUAAACGAAUAUGUUUAUGAAACAAUAUGCAAAUAUCUAAAGCCAGUCAUAUACUCAGAGAAAAGCUAUAUCAUUCGAAAGGGAGAGCCUAUUGAUAUGGUACUCUUCAUCACACAAGGUGUGGUAUGGACCUUUGGAAGUAGUACCAUUCCUAUGAAUCGUCUACAAAAAAGUGAUUACUAUGGAAAUGAACUCAUAGAAUGGCAGUUAAACUCAACAUCCUAUAAAGACUUUCCUAUCUCUACUGCCAAUGUCAAAUCACAUACCAAAGUUGAAGCCUUUGCUCUAAUGGCAAUUGACUUAGAGCAUGUGCUCUCCAGUUGCUGGCUCAAGUUCUUUCAAUGCUACUCAACAAAUGAAACCAUGUCAUCCGAGGGCUUGAAAUCUUUCGCAGCUACUUGUGUUCAGCGACAAUUUCGACGUUACAUGAAGAACAAAAAGGCGCAAGAAAAUAAGCUCAGUAUAUGUGUCAACUGAUAACAUACAUAAACGGUAUUAGUGAACACUGUUAUUUGCAUAUGUGUGGCUUUCUUUGGUUCGUUUUAUCAGAAAGUAAUUGUAAGGUUUAGCUACGGCUCACUAUAAUGUAUAAUUAAUAAUCUAUCUAAUGCACGCAUGGGUUUUCGGUCUUGUGAAUAA